AUGGCCGUCGCUGAACCGCCCUCCACCUUCUCUUCCCUGGCAAGACUCUUCUCGACCACUUUCUCGAACGGGAUCGCUCUUUCGUUGUUGCCCAUCUCGGGGCGCUUCUGGCGUGCCUCGGCGGUUUAUCAGGAACUUCGGCGUCGUCUUGAGGAAACGAAAAUGCCCCCGUCAACAGCUGUCCCCUCCUUAUCGAACGACACUGCCUCGACGCCUGCGUCCUCGUCAAGCGCAUCCUUGGACACGAGAUGGGCAUCCGGUCUCGCAGGUCAUGAGAUCCUCGAGGAUGAUGGGACCGGGGCCCUCAUCGUCCCAGCUCACACUGAUCAUCGCACCACCCCCUAUACUUAUAUCUGUCUGUUCCAUCUCCUUGACUGUCACAUCACGUUUGACAAUGCCGAGGACUGGAGAAUUCAUGUCUUCAGCCACUUUCGCACACACGAACCUCCCAAGACAGCGCGCUGUCCCCUGUGUCCUGGGGAACGGUUUACCGAUACCGCUGAAUCAAGGGCAUGGGAUGCAAUGCUUGACCACGUCGACGUGGUCCACUAUCAGCAGGGCCAGACUCUGGCCGGCAGUCGGCCUGACUUUGAAUUGAUGCAGUACCUGUAUGGCCUGAGGAUCAUCAGCGUAGAUCAAUUUAAAGUGAUGCAACUCCCGCCGCCACCUUCGAGCCCUGCGUACCAUCAAUCGCAGGAACCAGUUCGUGCAAGCAUCGGCUCUUCCGAUGAGCCCUACUGUGCUCCGUAUAGUCGGCGACGCGAGGAGAGAAUGCGGAGUCAGCGUCGAGGGGUUAGCGUCGCUUGA